AUGAUUGAAUAUGACAUCACAAGUAUCCUACAGAACCUGGUCACCAAGAACGUGCUCACCAAUGAUGAGGCAAAGAAAUUCAAGGCCAAAGAAGAGCAAGAGGAGCGAGCAGGUGUGGAGUCCUUCAUCAGUGACAUAAUGAACAAAGACAACAUAGUGCUGGUUAACCUGUGGGAGGCACUGGCUGAAGAACUUGUAAGAUUUCCAUCACCAAACCUGACAAGAAUAUUGAAGGAGGUGACAGAGGGAGGAAUGGACCUCUUGCUUGACAUUCAGGUCAGUCUCCAGCCCUAUCCCAUUAAUGAUCAUAUUAAAGACAUCCACAAGACACACAGAUGUGGUGUUUUUGAAUCCACAAGGACUCUGGAGGAUCAGGCAUCUCCUGGAGAUCCACAUACCAGAGUUGUGGGCUUUGAGAAUCGAUACACAGAGCUGAUGGUUAUUGACCAGUACAGAAGGACAUAUAAUGAGAGGCACCAUGAACUGGAGAAGACUGGAAGGGUGCAUGCAGAGCUAAUAGAGGAGCGGACAAAAGUGAAAUGUGAGCGAAUCUGGACAGAGCAGCUUUUUAGAAGAAGUGCAGGAAGUGACAUAGACUCUCACAUUGUAGUGGUCAGUGGGGUGGCUGGAAUUGGGAAGACCACCAUGGUUCAGAAGAUCAUGUCUGACUGGGCCAGAGGCACUCAGUACCAGAGGUUUGCAUUUGUGUUUCUGUUUAAAUUCAGGGAUUUGAACCUACUAGACACGGAGAAAGAGCCACAGAUGCCUCUGACCAGGCUGAUUGUAAGGCACUAUAAAUAUCUCAAUGACCUGAGACUAAGUGAAAUCCUUCAGAAGCCUGAAUCUCUCCUUUUUAUUUUUGAUGGACUGGAUGAGUACAAACACAAACUGGACUUCACACAGACACGGCUCUGCUCAGAACCAAAUGACUACUUUCCUGUCCAUACUGUGGUCACCAGCUUGGUCAGGAGGACAUUACUGAAGGGUUGUACAGUCUUGAUAACAACCAGACCAACAGCCUUGGUCUUUUUAGACAAGGUGAGAGUUGAUCGAUUUGCAGAGAUCCUGGGGUUCUUCCCUGAACAAAGGCUGAUGUACUUUAAGAAGUUCUUUGGUGAUGCUGAUCAGGGCUCUGAAGCUUUUCAGUAUGUUGAGGAGAACGCCAUCCUGUACACCAUGUGCUUCAACCCCUCGUACUGCUGGAUUAUCUGCUCUGUGCUGAAGAGCCACUUCAUGACACCUGAAGAAGAGCGAGGAGCUGCCCCCAGAACUGUCACCGAGCUCUUUGUGAUGUUCCUUCAUAACAUCCUCACCAAUCACAAACGAGCUAAAGACCAGAGGGAAUUCUGGGUUCCUCAAAGAAAUCCUUCAGAGAGAAAGCGCUCUGGAGCACACGACAUACACAUUCUACCACCUCACCCUCCAGGAGUUCAUGGCCGCCUGCUCCUUCUACCUCAGGUCAUCAGGGAGUGUCAAGGAGCUACUUGUGAAGCUGGACGCAUGUGA